CCGGAACCUGUUGUUUCCACCGGGCGUUAUCUUCCACCUCCGCUUCGUGCCGGUGCCGCUGCGGCUUCGGUUCUCGGGAGCUCGAUGGGCACGGAGAAACGAUCGUUCGAUGGUCAUACCGUGCGAGUCACUAAUCUGCAGCCGGAUACCACGGCAGAAGAUUUGAAACAGAUAUUCAGCCCAUUCGGCAUGGUAACCCGGAUCUAUCCCGCUAAGGACAAAGUUACCCAACAAAACAGG